AUGGCCUCUGCGCGGCCGCCGGGCUGGGCCUGCGCCUCGGCGCCCGCGCCCGCGGGGCUCCGGGUCGGGCCACCUGUCCCGCCCGCCGCCGCCUCCCCCGAGCCCGCGGGCAGCGCCGAGGCCGAGGAGCGCUCGCUGCAGCGCAUGCUGCGCGCCAUUGCGGAGGAGCGCGGCCGCCUCAGCCUGCGCCGCGAGGUCGGCGGCCUCGGGUGCUUGAAGGAUGACCGCAUCGCCUUCUGGACCUGGAUGUUCUCCACCUGCUUCAUGGAGAAGUGGGCGCCGCGGCAGGACGACAUGCUGUUCUACGUGCGCCGGAAGCUGGCGUUCGCGGGCGCCGAGAGCGGGGCCGACGGGAGGAAGCUGCCCGAGGCCGAGGCGGAGGCGGCGGUGGAGGUGGAGGUGUACCGGCGGGACUCCAAGAAGCUGCCAGGCUUGGGCGACCCCGACAUUGACUGGGAGGAGAGCGUCUGCCUGAACCUCGUCCUCCAGAAGCUGGACUACAUGGUGACCUGCGCCGUGUGCACGCGCUCCGAGGGGGGCGACAUCCACAUCCACAAGAAGAAGUCCCAGCAAGUGUUUGCGUCCCCGAGCAAACACCCCAUGGACAGCAAGGGGGAGGAGUCCAAGAUGAGCUACCCCAACAUCUUCUUCAUGAUCGACAGCUUCGAGGAGGUGUUCAGCGACAUGACCGUGGGGGAGGGAGAGAUGGUCUGUGUGGAGCUGGUGGCCAGUGACAAAACCAACAUGUUCCAAGGGGUCAUCUUCCAGGGCUCCAUCCGCUACGAGGCGCUCAAGAAGGUGUACGACAACCGGGUGAGCGUGGCCGCCCGCAUGGCGCAGAAAAUGUCCUUCGGCUUCUACAAGUACAACAACAUGGAGUUCGUGCGCAUGAAGGGGCCCCAGGGCAAGGGCCACGCGGAGAUGGCGGUGAGCCGCGUGUCCACGGGCGACACGUCCCCCUGCGGGACAGAGGACUCCAGCCCGGCUUCGCCCAUGCACGAGCGGAUGGCCUCCUUCAGCACCCCGCCCACCCCGGAGCGGGACAACCGGCCCACCUUCUUCUCCCCGUCCCUCAAGAGGAAGGUGCCCCGCAACCGCAUCGCCGAGAUGAAGAAGUCCCACUCGGCCAAUGACAGCCAGGAGUUCUUCCGGGAGGACGACGCUGCCGCGGACCUGCACAAUGCCACCAACCUGCGGUCGCGGUCCCUGUCUGGCACGGGGCGCUCCCUGGUCGGGUCCUGGCUGAAGCUGAACAGAGCGGAUGGGAACUUCCUCCUCUAUGCACACCUCACCUACGUCACGUUGCCGCUGCAUCGGAUCCUCACAGACAUCCUGGAAGUCCGGCAGAAGCCCAUCCUGAUGACCUAG